AUGAAAUUUAAUCCACCAUGGGAAAGCUUCAGAAGCUGUUGGAAUCAAAAGGCAGAUGAUCUCAAAAAAUGUGAAUCUGCUGAAGAAACAGAUGAGGAAGGAAGUUCAUUAUUACAAUUCAUCGCUACCAUAAGUGGAUGUAUCUCCGUGAUGGGAGUUGGUACCAUGCUUGGCUGGUCUUCACCAUCAAUACCAUUUUUGAUGAGUAAAGAAUCCAAAAUUCCAAUCACAAUAGAAGAAGGAGCUUGGAUAACGUCUUUAGGAAGUCUUGGAAACAUAAUUGGUUCUUUAAUGGUCGUUUUUCUGAUAGACCGUAUUGGUAGAAAAUACACAGUUUUGUUACAUGCACCUAUUCAAAUAAUUUCUCUGAUUAUCAUCAUCUUCUCGAACAGUUUUACAUCAUUGUGUUGUGGAAGGGCUGUGGCUGGCAUUGCUUCUGGUGGUUGUUUAAAUGCAAUGGCCAUGUAUGUGGGUGAGAUUGCUGAAAAAAAAAUCAGAGGAAUGUUGAGUACAUUUAUAGUAAUAUUUAGUGACUCCGGAAUCUUCUUUGUCGCAUUAAUAGGAGCUUAUUUCUCAUACAAUACUAUGAAUUUAGUAUUACUUUCGAUUCCAAUGUUACAUCUUUUUACUUUUAUGUUGAUGCCUGAAUCUCCUUAUUUCUACUUGAUUCAAGGUAGAGAUAAUGCUGCUGAGAAGAGUUUAAUGCGAUUGCGAGGACUGAAAAAUCCAAAAACGCACAGCCAGUGUAGCGACCCGACCGGGGAUCGUCACACAUCGCACGUUGACAAGAAGCGCAGGAGACCCGAGUUUUUCGGUCUUCCUCAUCUGAUUCGUCGUCUCCGAAAAACUCCUCUUCAUACUUUCCUUUUUCCAUCAACGCAUUUUGAAUGA